GCCAUGUUGCAUCCAUUACGGAGAUCCAGUUGAUUUUGAUUGUUGGUUGAAUUUCAGUUGUUUUCGGUUGUUCAGUUGGUGGGUUUUAGUGUUUCGACUGUGUGGUGUUAUGGACUAAAAUUAUGUGGAGACUAAUUUUUGUAUGCUUGUUUUCCUGGGCCGGCGGGCAGAGCGGACGCGCUCCGCGUCAAGACCAUCACGGACGAGGCUGGGACAUCAGACUCGCAGUACCGGGCAAGCCGGGGAACGACUACCCAACCCUUGGGAAUAUCCCAAGAACGAGCUUCUCCUGUGCUGGUAAACAACCAGGUUACUAUGCGGAUCUGGAGACAAACUGCCAAGCCUUCAGGGUGUGCACCGCGGGGUCCACCUACGGCUUCCAAUCCUUCCUCUGCCCCAACGGCACUCUGUUCAACCAAGCCGUUUUCGUCUGCGACUGGUGGAUGAACGUCAAGUGCGAGGCCUCGCAAAAGUUCUUCAACAACAAUGAAAAAUUCGGAAACCUCAAGCUUGGACCUCAAUUAAUGAAAGAUAUCAAGAAGAUGAUUACGCAUCCCAUGAGAAACCCUAUCGAUAAAGGUGCCAUGAAAGGGAAUCUUGUUGUUAUGCAGAACUAUAUACCUCCUUCCGGACAAUUGUUCCCCAACAGUGCUCUAAUAGCAAGUGCAGAUAGAACUCCUAGUAAUGUCUUCGUCCCACCAAAAAUCACACAGCAGAACUUUGGACAAACAAACUUUAUUAGAGAUACAUCAUUUGCUGGUUCAACUCCGAGUCCAUCGUACAUACCAUUUGACGUACAGCCGUCCCAAGCAGAUGCAGAAGUGUUCCAGCGACAGCGACAAAAUGGACAACAGUGGCAACAAAAUGGGCAACAAUGGCAAAACGGCCAACAGUGGCAAAACGGUCAACAAUUGCAAAAUGGUCAACAGUGGCAAAAUGGUCAACAAUGGCAAAGUAACAGACAAAACUCACAAUCCGGAAAUCAAUUCGGUCGACUCGUACAAGCUACUACUAGUAACAGUAACAAUGCUAAUACACUUCGUCAAAAUCAAUUAACACAGACUCAGCUGAACCCAGCACCAACCACCUACAAUCCACAGAAUUUCAACAAUCAACGAAUACAGGGUAACAGACAAAAUGCACAAUACACUGCCAAUAAAACUCCCGCACAAUGGAAUAGUGGAAAGCAAGCUGAAUUUGGAGUUUCUUUUACAAAACAACAGUUUAAUUACAACUCAAACCAAGCAAGUCAACAACAAAACUCAGGUUUCCCGAAAUUCUCAAGUGACGUUAAAGGUCCCGCGGGCAAUGCAGCCAAAGAAAAUCUGGCACUGGUGUUCUCUUUACUGGCUAAUUCUAUCAAUGUGGCCAAGGAAUACAGCAACAUCGCACAACAAAACGUACUACAAGCAACACCUACACAACCACAGUUCCAGAACGUAAACGAACAGGAGCUAGCUCAAAUCACGAAUCAAAUAUCACAACUCACAUCAUCCCAAUACUCUGGCAAUAAUCAAAAUGGCAAUCUUGGUAAUGCUAAGAUUGUAUCUACUUCUCAAACUACCACAACAAAUUCUGGCACUCAACACAGUCAAACGCAAUUGCCGAAUAACUUAGUACAGAAUAGUGAAAAGAGUGGACAGCUAAACGCGCCACCACAACAAAGCGGCAGCUUUUACUCAUCACAAUUUCAAUUCGGAAAUGGUUUCGGAUCAGUAGUUGCUAAACAAAAUCAAAAUCAAAUUUAUAGCGGACAACUAUAUCAACUCCCGGUUCCACAAGUAACAGAGCAGAUCUACAACAAAGGUAGUCCAGCCAAGCUUAUUCAAGCGAACAACGUUAAUAAUUUUGCAACUGAAGCUGAACACUUGCAGACCAAUCAACAGUCAAAUGUAAAUAAUAACAUCAAUACAGCGAAACAGUCAAGUGCAGAAGUUGAAAUAGUUCAAUCACACAGUUUACCAGUGCCAAGCCCGGCGAAGUUACAGGUCGCACCAGACCAGGCUAAUUUUAACAGCCAAGAAUCUUCACAGGCUUUCAUCAACAACUUUUUAAGUAACGAGGGAAUAUCGGCUCAAGUGCAAGAUAAUAUUAUCGGGGUAAUACCGCAUCCUUUAGAGAAAAAUAAACUUGUUACAUACAAAAAAGAUCAAUCAUACUCUUUUUACACACGAUUAGAUGGAAAUGGUUUAGAACAACCAACGCCGAGCAUUAGAAAUCCUCAACUGAAUGCAGGGAACCAACAGAGUGCCAAACUUAUACAAGCAAAUGAAGACAUUUUCCAACUCAUCCCAUCUGUUGGCUACCAAUUAGAAGAUGAGAAAGAGCAAGAAAAAAUACUGAAUGCUUUUAAUAUUAACGAAUUUGGAAGUCCCAAAUCAGAAAACAUUAACAAUAACGAAGGGUACGUACUUCCAACGCCUAAUAAUCGCAGGAGUGAUGUCCUUACUACUAAUGUAGAUUUUUCUGUGACACAUCCUUUUGCAAAGCAACUGUUGGUUCAAAGAAAACCUAAUGCUAUUUAUGAUGGUCCUUCGUCAUAUUUAGCUCCUCAAGGAUCAGUCGGCUUUUUAGAUAACAGGCAAAGGAUAUUGCAGAAUCCAAAUUUAAAUGCUAGGCUAGAACAAUUUGACAUUAGUAGUAAUGGAAAUGGAUAUCCUCCAGCUCAAAGGCAAGUUGGAUACUAAUAAACCUCUGUCCUACAAUGACGCGUUCUUGCUAAGCAAAUGGUAAAUGGACCUUUUUUGUCACUUUACUAGAUUACUAGAUAAUUGUCACACCACUCGUUUUUGGCUGUUCAUUUGCUCAGUAAUGGACGCAUCUUUACAAAAAGACUUCCUUUGUAUAAAAUUAAGAUAGUGUAGAUUGAACUGUAAAUACGAGAAAUAAAUUAUAACGAGAUAGAUAUAAGUUUGUAGUUGUAAUCGACUUAAUGUCAAAUGAUAGUUAUUAAUACUUAUUAUGAACUAAGUAAGAGAA